AUGGGUCAAACGCAUCUGAAAACAUUUAAGACAAGAGUGAAACGUCGUUUGGAACGAACGGAAUCGGAUCUAAAUAUGGAUAUAGAUGGUGACACUAAUAAAAAUGGACGAUUUGGACUUUUGGAAACAGGUGAAGAUGAAGCAUUGACCUUAUCUCCGCAGACAUCACCGGUGUUCUCCGAUAUAGGACCGGGAAACAGCAUAGGAUUCCAAGGUAAUGCAUUAAUGCCCAUUACAUCAAUUGGUUCAAUAGGAACAGUUGGCUCUGUAUCGGCCGGCAUCGAUCAAGCAAUCUAUCCCUAUCAAGAUGCCAUACUAUCACCAAUGACUUCUAAUGAUUCGAAUACAACCUCCUCCAAACUGCAUCCACAUCAAGAUACUCAUGAACCAAUGUUAAUAGACCAAGAGUUGGCUAAAUCUGAUGGAGUAUCACCACUUUUAUCACUACCUAUUGAAAUAUUGUAUCAAAUAGUUGAAACUGUCUAUUACGAUGAGAAUACCAAUUCCAUUAGUUCCAACUUGGAAAAAUUCUCCAAAAGUGUUCCUUAUUUAUCACAUACCAUUAAAGAGAUCUCCUUAAGAUUUUUAUACAAGUAUGCCAUAUUCAAUCGUCCUCAUUCAUUCGACAAGUUCUUACACAAUUUGAAGAAAUAUCCUGGAUUAGGCUCAUUUGUUGAAUUUAUGGAUUUUCAAACCUUUACCUCUAUAGGGUUGGGAAGAACCGGUAGAAUGAACCAGGAAAUUCAAAUGGUUACUUCUAGUACUAUUACCCAGGCUUUAGCAAUGUGUCCAUCAUUAAUUGAGUUUCUAGGCAGUGAAAAUAUUCAAGAUGAUAUAGAUGUGACGGUAUUGGAUUGGCUAUUCAACAGAUUAUCGAAUUUGCAAGCUUUAGAUUUUUGUGGAAGUAGUAGUGAAUCAUUCCUUCAGGCCUUUUCUCAACUUGAAUUAUUGGAUUCAGAAAAACCAAUAUGUAAUAGGCUACUCAAGUUAUCAUUCCAUGAUUGUUCCAAUUUAACAAUUGACAUAUUUGAAAAGAUUUUCCCUAAAUUAACCAAUAUCAGACGUCUUGAUCUUAAUCAUACUCAAGUUAGUUCUACUACAUUAUUGCAUUAUCUUCCUAAACUGGCUCGGUUGACGCAUUUAUCAUUAGCCAGAUGUUCACAGUUGAAUACCAAAGAUUUGAUUGCCUUUUUGGUACAUCACCCAAGUAUUGCUAAUGAAUCAUUACAGUGGCUUAAUCUUCAAAUUGACUCCAAUGUCAUUAGUCCACUCGAUGAAAAGUAUUUGAUAUUCACUUUGAAGAACAUCAAGGCCCCACAUUUGAAGUAUCUUAAUUUGGGAGGUAUGCCAGUUAAUGGGAGAACCCUACAAAUCAUCAAACAAAAGUUCCCGGAAUUAGAAUCACUCUCCAUUAGUCAUGCUAAUAUAGAAGUUGCCGAUUUAAAUCUAUUUAUGGAGGAUAACACUCAGAUUAAAUACUUGGAUGUGGCCAAUAUACUGCUGAUAUCAAGCAAAGGGUUUACCGUCAUCCAAAUUCUUCGAAACUAUUUCUUCCAAUCAAAUCUUCAGGCCAUUGAGGGUGAUUACAAAACCUUAUAUGAUUUAACUGGAGGAGACUAUUUGAAAAUACACCCUAAUCCUCCUACAUCCUCACUCAUCCUACAAACAUUACAAGAUACUUUACCACAGAUAUGGAAGUUUUAUGAUAAUCAAGGUAGAAGAGCUUGGCUAUAUAAAUUGGAUCCUAGUGAUCCUGAAUACAACGAGAUCUUAACCAGUGCUGGGAAAUCACGAACCAUUAGAUCAAAUUUGGUGUUUUAUGAUUUGGAAACAGGUAAAAAGAUUGAAACAAAGGAAAGAGUACCUGAGUUUCUCAAAUAUGCUGGGAAAAAGAUCAAUUGUUCCAUUGGAUAUUUCAAUUUGAAUAUGACCAAAAAGAAGUCGUACAUUAAAGGUGAAUUACUAGAAGGGAAUGUUAGCAGGGGUUUAGUACGUCAAAGAGAAUUGGUUGAUUAG